AUGGCUGCCCCCCAUCAAUACCACCAACCGAAUGCGCCGGACGACGACUCGGAUCUUGAGCUGGACCUCGACGAGCUCGACCCUAUUGCCUCGCAAGAACAGACGAGACCCUAUCAACAACUCGGUGCAAGGAUACCGCUGAGGAAUCUGAGAGUGGGAAGGUUACGAAGGAACAGAGCCAAGGCAGAACCAGAGGAGGAAGACUUGCGAGGACUGCUAGACGAUGAUCAAGACAAUGGGCAAAAGAGAGACUCUGCUGGCAGCUACGGCCAGUCUGGAGAUGACGAUGCGCCCUUGUUAUCCCCUCACAUGGCCCGACCAAGACGCCAGCGCCAGCCGAGUGCAUUAUCGCGGUUAGGAGCAAAUAUUCGCCUCCCGAGCUUUCUUUCCGACAAUGCAGGCAUACAGCUAGCUGCUGAGACUGGGGAGUCAGAUGCGGAGGAAGAGCACGAUCCUACCACACAGCGCACCAUCUCUGUCGGCCAGCUUCAAACCUCACGAUUUCCCAAAAAUGCCGUUUCUAAUGCCAAAUAUACCCCCUGGAGCUUCCUUCCGCGCACUUUGUAUAAUGAGUUCUCGUUCUUCAUCAACAUGUAUUUCCUGCUUGUCGCACUAUCGCAGUUAAUACCCGCCUUACGCCUCGGCUACCUCUCAACUUACACAGUGCCGCUAAGCUUCGUUCUAACGAUCACCUUGAGCAAGGAGGCCAUAGACGAUAUUGCGCGCCGCAGGAGAGAUGCAGAGGCAAACUCGGAGGGAUAUACAGUGCUGAAAUUUGAGGAGAACAGCAUGGGAAAUGGCGUGGCGCCAGGAAAGAACUCGCAGAGGAAAAAGAAGUCGAGAAAACAAAAAAGAGACGGGGGCCGCCUGACGGACAUCGAGGACGAGGAGCAGCAUCUAUCAACCAAAGGUUUGGCCACAUGCACCUACUGGGAAGUCGUGAAGCCUUCCAAGAGCUUGAAGGUGGGAGAUGUUGUUAAGCUCGCCAAAGAUCAGCGCGUCCCUGCGGACAUGGUGCUCCUAAAGAGCUAUCCUAGCGACCACAUUGCUCCUACAGCCCCGAAACCGGAAAUCUCAGAUUCCACGCCCAUGCUCAUCGAUGAAGAGACGAACGGGCUCCUCAGUUCUGGAGAGGCAGCCAAGGUGGAUAGUGCCGCAACAACUAGCUCCUCGGGCGAAGCCUUCAUUCGGACUGAUCAACUAGACGGCGAAACGGACUGGAAGUUGCGGCUGACUUCGCCUCUCACGCAGAACUUGGAUGUUGGAGAGUAUACCAGGCUUCGUAUCGUCGCAGGCAAGCCGGACAGAAAAGUCAACGAAUUCUAUGGUACCGUCCAACUGCUACCAAAGAGUCAACGACAAUACGAUCCACAUGAUCAAGGUGAGCCGUCUUUAGCAGAACCAGACCAGUCGGCACCUCUUAGUAUCGACAACACUAUUUGGGCAAACACAGUGGUCGCCUCAAGCGGUAGUCUCCUUGCUGUUGUCGUAUACACUGGCCCUCAAACCCGCCAAGCCCUAUCCACAUCUCCCUCGCGAUCUAAAACCGGCCUGUUGGAACUAGAGAUCAACUCUCUAACCAAAUUUCUAUGCAUCUUUACGCUAUCGCUAUCACUCAUCCUUGUGGCGCUCGCACGGUUCCGAGAGAUUGAAGGCCGCCCAUGGUAUGUGUCGAUGAUGCGAUUCUUGAUCCUAUUCUCCUCAAUCGUCCCAGUGGGUCUGCGUGUCAAUCUCGACCUGGGCAAGUCGGUCUAUGCGUGGUUCAUUGAGCAUGAUAAGAGUAUACCUGGAACAGUAGUUCGGACAAGCACCAUUCCAGAAGAUCUAGGUCGGAUUGAGUAUCUGUUGAGUGAUAAGACGGGAACUCUUACUCAAAACGAAAUGGUAAUGAAGAAGAUCCAUGUCGGUACAGUAUCCUACGCAAACGAAGCUAUGGAUGAGGUAUCAUCAUAUGUUCGCCAAUGCUUCACGCCUCCCGCGGGCGAGGCUCCAUCCCUUGUCACCCCAUCAUCCACCUACAUGGCAUCUCUCACCUCCACAACGCGUACACGAAGAGAAAUUGGAUCUAGGGUUCGCGAUGUUGUGCUAGCCCUAGCACUCUGUCACAAUGUAACACCCACCAUCGAGGAAGAAAAUGGAAACAUGGUGACCACGUAUCAAGCAUCGUCUCCAGACGAAAUCGCUAUUGUACAAUGGACUGAGGCUGUUGGACUCAAGCUCCUGUCCCGCGAUCGGGAGUCUAUGACCCUUCGGUCGUGCGACAGCGGCAACACGGUAGUGAAAGUACGCAUAUUGAAUGUGUUUCCCUUCACCUCUGAAGGAAAACGUAUGGGUAUUGUCGUCAAGUUCUACUCUGGACCAUCGUCAUCGCCUUCUGAUGAGGAGGGCGAGAUUUGGUUCUACCAAAAGGGUGCUGAUACUGUCAUGACGUCCAUUGUCGCCGCUAAUGAUUGGUUGGACGAGGAAACCGCGAACAUGGCACGAGAAGGCCUCCGAACGUUAGUUGUUGGUCGUAAGAAGCUCUCCGCGCAGAAGUACCACGAGUUUUCAAUCAAACACGCCCAAGCCUCGCUGGUGCUUAACAAUCGCGAUACUAUCGUAGCUAGUGUGGUCAAGGAGUAUCUCGAGCAUGACCUGGAACUGCUUGGUGUCACUGGUGUCGAGGACAAGUUGCAGAAGGACGUAAAGCCAUCACUCGAGCUUCUUCGCAACGCUGGAAUCAAGAUCUGGAUGUUGACUGGCGACAAGGUUGAAACAGCUCGAUGUGUAGCUGUUAGCUCGAAGCUAGUUGCGCGAGGUCAAUAUGUCCACACCAUCGCAAAGAUGAAGCGAAAAGAACUCGCCCACUCCUCCCUUGAUUUUCUGCGCGGCAAAACAGACGCCUGUCUCCUCAUCGAUGGCGAAUCCCUCGCACUCAUGCUGACACACUACCGCCAAGAAUUCGUCUCCAUCGCCGUGCAACUGCCCACCGUCGUCGCAUGUCGCUGCUCACCAACCCAAAAAGCAGACGUUGCUCGCCUAAUCCGCGAGUACACCAAAAAGCGUAUUUGCUGUAUCGGCGACGGCGGCAACGAUGUCUCCAUGAUCCAGGCCGCCGACGUUGGUGUUGGUAUUGUUGGCAAAGAGGGACGACAAGCAAGUCUUGCAGCCGAUUUCUCCAUUGAGCAAUUCUGCUACCUAACCAAGCUCCUUGUUUGGCAUGGGCGGAAUUCGUACAAGCGAUCUGCCAAGUUGUCGCAAUUUGUCAUCCACCGCGGUCUUAUUUUCUCAAUUUGCCAAACGGUGUACAGCAUCGGCUCAUCCUUUGAGCCAAACGUCCUCUACAAAGACUUCCUAGUCGUUGGCUAUGCUACCAUCUACACCAUGAUGCCCGUCUUCUCCCUCGUCUUGGACCGCGACGUGGAUGAGUCGGUUGCAAAUCUCUACCCGGAACUCUACGCCGAGCUCAAGACGGGGCGAAGCUUGAGUUACAAGACUUUCUUCAUCUGGGUUGCGGUAUCCGUCUAUCAAGGCUCCGUGAUCCAAGGUCUCUGCCAAAUGCUCGUCGGCAUUGGCUCCUCGUCGCUCCACGACGUCGUUUUCAAGAAAAUGGUCUCAAUAUCCUUCUCAGUUCUCAUCGUCAACGAGCUUAUCAUGGUGGCUAUGGAGGUCACAACUUGGCAUUGGAUCAUAGCCGCCUGUAUUUUUAGUACCGCGGGCUUCUACUUUGGCAGUAUACCGCUCCUUGGCUGGUAUUUCGAGUUGGCGUACGUGAGCAGUCUGGCGUUUUGGUGGAAGUUUGCCGUGGUUGCGGCGGUCAGUUUGGUGCCGCCGUAUGCAGUGAAGCUCAUCGGCAGGACAUUGAAACCGCCGAGUUAUCGGAAGGUGCAGGGCAUCUAG